AUGUGCUCCGACAUCCAUCUCGACCGGGUCGCUGGGCUGAAGCAGGCCGUCCUUCUGCUAUCCACCACCGUGAAGGGGCUGCAGCAUGUCGCUGUGGUCGACGCCGCCCGACCAGCGUCCGAGAGUACCGCCGCCACGACCGCCAGCGACGAUGCUGCUGCGCUUGCACAAGCCCUGCGCGACACCACCGAGGGGUUGGAAGGCACGGUGGCCACCCUCGAGACCGCGGCCGCUGCUGCCGCCGAAAGUUGUCGCACGAUGGAGAGCGACCUUCGUGCCGAGCUCGUCGCCGCUCACGGCACCAACGACGCUCUGCAGGCCACCGUGGACGAGCAGCAGCGGGCUCCCGCGGUCGCGGCGGAACGCUCCGGGCUGGCUGUCCGUCGGCUUGAGGACCAGCUGCAGAGUUCUCGACGCGACGCUUCCCAGGGGCGAGCUUCCACGCUCGCCGUUCGCCAACAGCUAGCGUCGUGCGAGGACGACGUGGCUGAGGUGGACGAGGCGUCGGUCGCACUCUCCCUCGUGGCCGCGGAGAGCACGAUCCUCCUCGGAGGGGGUCUCCAGCCGGCCACCUCCAGGCCUGCGGAGGUCACCACACGGGAAGGGUCCGACCUGUCGGCAGCUAACGAGGCGCGCCAACGGACAUGGGAGCAAGGGGAGGCAGCAGCGCAGAGCCAGGAGGAACUAGCCAGAGUGCAACAGCAGCUCGCCGCUAGCAACCACGACAAUGCCGUGUUGACGGAACGAGCUGCGGCCGCAGAGCGCACUGUUGCCGAAGUACGCCGGGAGCAAGGGGAGGCAGCAGCGCAGAGCCAGGAGGAACUAGCCAGAGUGCAACAGCAGCUCGCCGCUAGCAACCACGACAAUGCCGUGUUGACGGAACGAGCUGCGGCCGCAGAGCGCACUGUUGCCGAAGUACGCCGGAAGCAAGGGGAGGCGGUCGUACAGAUGAAGGAGGAGCUGGCUGGAAUGCAACAGCAGCUCGCCGCCAUUGCCGUGUUGACGGAAAGAGCUGCGAUCACAGAGCGCACUGUCGAAGAAGUACGCCGGGAGCAAGGGGAGGCAGCAGCGCAGAGCCAGGAGGAACUGGCCAGAGUGCAACAGCAGCUCGCCACCAGCAGCCACGACAAUGCCGUGUUGACGGAACGAGCUGCGGCCGCAGAGCGCGCUGUUGCAGAAAUCCGCGGGUGCGUGGUAGGGCAGUGCCCCGAUCAUUCGCUGUUGAGAUUCUUUGUGCCACGCGUGGACGUAAUCCUGUUGGUGUUCGUCCCGUCCAUGCACUCUCAAGGGCAGAAGGAAGCGCCGACAUUCAAUGCGGAUGUAUGCGAGGCUUCUGCGACUCCGAGGAACGUCCAGCAAUACCGACUGACCGGCUACAAGGAGAUGGCCAUCCACACCAAACCCGUCGUUGAGGACGUCAAGGCGUGGAGGGACAAGUCGGUGAUGAUCACCGUAGACGACUGCGGGAACUGCUUUCAGAGCAGCUGGUUUCUGGUAACUAUCCUGUGGGCAGUUCAGAGCCCGCGACGACUCUGGGAACUGAUCAUCAAGCUCCUUCGCGGGUACGAGGAGGGUGGGGCAUUGGUCCACGUUCCGCCGGACUGCCAGCCGUACGUCGAGGCCGUGUUCCACUUCCUCAUGACUACGCAAAAGGGCUGGGGGAACUACACCAGCAUCUCCGAGAACGAUGACGGUCGCGACGACUUCGGCAUCAAGCAGGCUGUGAGCAUCGUCCAGAUGCUGAAGGACAUGCCCGGUUCGGUGACGGGGAGGGCAGAGGGAGGAAGCAACGAGGACUCCUUGGGGCUUCAGCUAAAGCGGGGGAUGGCCAUCGUGGCUCGCGCGUUCGACGUGUGGUGGGCCACCCGCAACGACUUCCCGGACAUGGACAUCGUGACCACCCUUCACACGUCCAUGGAGUUCGAUGUUGGACUUCAGCUUACCCUGAUGGAUAGCGCCCGAGAAGCCGUGGUAGACCCCCACCACUCCCCCUCCACGCUGCCGCCCUACGUGCCGCAAGACAUCAUGCGCCCCGCCUGUAGCCUGGGCUACAUUGUCGGGAUGGCGAUGGACGACAUGGCCAACGACGGCAACGCAAAUAGGACGGAUCUGACAGCGGCCUUCGCUCGAAUUGCGGCGGAAGCCGCGGAGGCCCAGGGCCGCCCGAACCACAUCGACAUCGCCGACAUGUUGGUGUGGAAGGCCUCUUGCCCGCACUACAACGUGCAGGUUAAGUCCGGGGCCCUGGCCAACGCCCUCGCCUCCGAGUUCGGCUUGGACCUGAGCAAAGGCGACGCUGUCGCCUCUACCGAGCUUCGGGAGGGCUCUCGCUGGCAGCGAGAGAAUGGCGAUGGGCAUCGGUGAUGUAUUCGACGCCGACGAGCUAGUGCUGCUCACGGCGCAGGCACGGGAGGCGCCUAUCUCUCGUGUCAUGUCACAAAUACUCCACGUGGGAGAGUCGUGACAAGCCGACAGCUCACAUCACUGGAACCAGUGAUAAUGUUGUGUUCUACAAACACAGAGCAGAAUCGUAACACGAACUGACACGUACCCAACAGUGAUCGGACAAAUGGUAGACUAUGAGCUUAAGGGUUCUUCUCCAUGUCUGCCGGAAGACAAGGCACCGAAGAUUUGAUUGUAUCGAACAAUUCACGCGUCCCGGGCCGAAAUAUUGAAGUCCGACAUCACAAGACACAACCAACCACGGGGAUGCAAUCCAUGGCUUCCUUCGCCGAGUAUCAAGGAUAAUAGUCUAUUGCAAAGAAGAGAUUCUUACGUUUUCUUACCCGGUACGGGGUAGGUGCUGUACGCCACGCCCCGUGACAUAGCAUACUCCCUCUAGUGAACGGUACCCGGCGAACCCUAACCAAACAAAACUAAAUACAUACAUCGAUGGAGCCCGACAUGGUCAUUGACCUGCACCCCGCUGUAGGACAUGGGUUCAGUGCAGAGGUUUAAUGGGCUUCCGGACAAGGGCCUACGUGAAAAACAAUUCCUGACAAAUCGGCCACCCC